CUCUCUGAUUCUCUUUCUCUCUCCUUUCCCUUACUCAUCUGUUUCUGUGGCUGCACUGAGAGGAAGGGCACCUGCCGCUCCCUGAUGAUUCAGCCUUUCAGCUAGUUGGAGCUCCACAGACAGACAGCAUGUCCCUCCUGCCACUGCAGUGCCUGGCCGUCCUGCAGCUGCAGCCGGCCCAUCACGUCGACACCGCCUCUUCCCAAAUGCUCAGCAAAUUUGAUGAUUCUUUUUAUAGACUCAUGAUUGUGUUUCAUGAAAGAAAACAUGAAUAAGGAACUCCUUUUCCUUGUGCGCAGAAGGCUGUCUACAACCCCCCGACACUGUUAACAACGUUUGACUGGCUCUGAAGAGCAUUUUUACCUCCCAGCUCUGACUUUUGCAGCCUCAUGAUGGAAAACGUAGUCGAGGAGACUGGUGGCAGACAGCCACUGUGUGAUGCUCUGAGUUAAUAGUUGAGGUGUUCAGGGACGCUUCAUCCAGCAGUUGGGAAGGAUGACUGAGGGAAUGGAGGACAUCUCUGCAGUGCCAGCUCACCCUUCUGGAUCGGCCUCCCCCACCAGCUCUACUGUUGACACUGGACAAGUCCCCAAGGAGAAACCAGAGGAGACAGAGGCAGCUGGUGAGAGUGGGGAGGAUGGCGCAGAGGAAACUGCAGAGGGAGGUGGUGGUGGUGGUGAUGAUGGUGGUGAUGGGGAGCAUUUGGAAGCUUUGGGAAUUGUGGCCUUGCCAGGGACCUGCUGUGUGUGCAUAGAGAUGGAACAGAUUAACAAUUGCCUGCACUCUGAGAAAAUCUGCAUUCUGCCCAUCCUGGCCUGCCUGCUUAGCUUAGCCCUCUGCAUAGCUGGCCUCAAAUGGGUCUUUGUGGAUAAGAUCUUUGAGUAUGAACCACCCACUCACUUAGAUCCUAAACCCAUCGGACAGGACCCAAUUAUUAUAUCAGUUGACCCCACGUUAGGACUAACUGUGUCAGUUCCUCAUUCAUCUCCGUCUACUGCCUCCCUAACCACCGCCAUCACUGUUACCCCAGGACAUCCUGAGGUUUUUGUAGAGGAGGAAUCUACGCGAGGGCCAUACGUGCCUCAGUCUCCACGAGUGACUCAGUCUGAUCCCUCUGUUACACUGAAAUACAAUGCUGACCAUCCCACCAACCCAAAGCAGACUCAACACCCUCGGACAACACAGGAGUACAACGACAUCAUCAUCCCAACAAUCUCGGCCACCAGCACCACCACUACAGCCAGGACCUCCAGUCAUGUGACACGCUGCCGCGAUAGCCAGAAGAACUACUGUGUUAAUGGAGGAGAGUGCUUCACCCUUGAAAUCAUGCCAGGCAGCACAAAGUUUCUCUGCAGGUGUCCAAAUGAAUUUACUGGUGAUCGCUGCCAAAACUAUGUAAUGGCCAGCUUUUACAAAGCUGAGGAGCUGUAUCAGAAACGUAUUUUAACAAUAACAGGAAUCUGCAUUGCACUCCUAGUCGUUGGAAUCAUGUGUGUGGUUGCCUACUGCAAAACAAAGAAGCAGAGGAAGAAGCUCCAUGACCGACUGAGACAGAGCCUGAGGAAAAAGAGGAACAACAAUACCAAUACUGGUACUGGCCCCAACUCGGCUAGAGGACGUCAGAUUUCUAACUUGCCCCUUCAAGAUUUGCAGCUUAUAAAUCAAUGUAACGGGAUGACUAUGCAGCAUGCAGAUGAGAAGGAGACAGAAACCACCUUCUCAACAAGCAAAUAUGCCUUAUGUGCGCAUGAACCCACAACACUUACCCACAUCUCCAGCCAAAGGUUUGUAUCUGCCAUGAGAAGCCCGACUCAGCUGUCUCCAGUGUCCCAGAUCUCUCCUGAAACUCCAGGGUCUCCUCCAUCAGAACUGUCAGCCCCACUCUCCAGCCUGGCCAUCUCUGUCCCCUCAGUGGCUUUAAGUCUCUCUGGUGAGGAGGAGCGCCCUCUGCUGUUGUCAAAUGGACAUCCACCACACAAGCCCUUGAGCCGGGAUGAACAGAAGAGGAACUCUGCCCACUACAACCACGGUCAUAUGGCACAUAGCUUACCACCUAGCCCACUGUUUACUAUGGAGAAUGUUAACUACCAAAUCAUAGGUGAUGGUGACACCAAAGCUGCCGGCCACAUGUUCUCAGAAGCAUCUGAAAAGCUAAUUAAUACAAACAACAUCAAUGACCGUAGCAACAAAAAAACAGGAGUCACCAAUGGCCAUGUGCUGCAUAAUGUGGAUUCUAGUGGUGACAACAAGCUAGUGAGUGAAACACUGGAGCCUCGGAGGGAACACACACCCUUCCUUACCACAGAUAAUACUACAGCCCUGUUGAUCAGGGUUAUGGACAGCAGAAGGACUAACCCAGCAUCACCAAAUGAUAGUGUGCAAGUCAAGUAAUCUAAUUCCACCAACAAACAAGAUCCAGUUGCUGUGUAAAGUAAAAAGAAAUUGCUGAGAGUCAUUUAUGUUAAGGGGGAAAGGAGUAAUCACUAUUAAACCUUUAUUUUCUAUAAAUUAUUUGCUGUGUAAAGACUUUCAAAGAUAAAUGAAAAAAGAAACUUUUAUUUUAGUGAUGUAGUGAAUAAAGAGUUUUAUAAAUUAAAAAAAAGUACACAUGUGUUCAUGUCUUGUAGGUAAAGUGCCAUACACUAGUAUGUAGCAUCAAUUCACAUAUUAUAUUUCAGUGCAGAAACAUAUCGAUGGUGCCUUUGUUUGGUAUGCUUAAGGAACUGCAACAUGCAUACUGGGCCAUAUAUUCAUCAUCGUAAUCUUCCAGUUAACAAUCACAAAUAACUCGCUGGCCAUCUUUAAUGUCCUGCAGUUGGAAGUGCCCGCUGACACAACAGUCAACAGCAACACUCUUAUGUGUUCAAAGUGCAUGCUAUGUGCUGUGAUGGAACAAUGAGAAGCUCCUCUUUAGCCAUUUGACCUGACUGGUCAAUCAUCUGACUGAUUGUAGGCUACUGAUUAUAAGCUGCCUGGCUAAGACUUUUUCCAGACUUCAACUUCUCGACCGAUGAUUAUGAAUAAAUUAUUAGUCAGCUCAAAAGCUAAAACAGCUAAAAUCAAAUCCAGUCUACUUUGAGAGGGGGAAACUCAAUGUUUUAGUCCUCUCUGAACUACAGUAUAGACGGCUGUCUAAUCUUCAGUGGUAUCCUGCUGAUUGGCAGAUACUGUUAGGUGCCUAUAAAGUCCAGUCAGUAAAGUCUGGCUCUUAGUCUGGUACUAAUAAUGUCAUGAUCACUUCAGUUUCUUUAGCAGAUUUUACUGUAUAUUGGAAUUUGAAGAUGGCCAUUUCAUUGUAAAAGAGGCACUGCAUCGGUUAGUAUUAAAGUUUAGCAUGAAGACCAGCAAUUUCCUGUUUCUUCAAGAGGACAGCCCAGUUACAGGAUCGCUCCAUCACCCGUAUACUGCUGAUUGAAUCUUUAAAUGCAAUGUGUAUAUUCAGUGAAAGACUAAACAUAUGGUUCAUUUUGUCUUGUGGGCAGACAUCCACAUGUUCCUGAGUAAUGCAUUUUGGAAUUAAAGGAAUUGUUCAAUAUAUACAUGAUGGUAAACCACUUGAAUUUGUUCAUUCUAAGACUGUAUGUAUACACUUAAUUCAAAUUUGAUCUUAUUUUAACUGCUUCUGUUCACAUCUGCAUUUUGAUUGUAUGUGAUUUUCAAAAAGAAAAUACUGUUUUGACUAUAUAUGCUGAACACAAGAACACCGUUAGAAAAUACAUGUCAGACUGUCACAAUUUCUAGACUCUAGACUAAGCUGAUUUAUGAAAAGUAAAUCAAAAAUCUGCAUUGCUGGGCUCUGUAAUCAACCAUAGUUUCUUAAUGUAUGUAUGUAGAAUCAGCAGUCAGCCUAGCAUAUGAGUAAAUAUGAUGACACAGAUGUGCUGCCCCAUAAUUAGUGUUUUAAUGGUGACCGUACUUCUGUAUUUUAUAUUUACAUUAGGAUUAUUUAUUAUUUAUUGGUAAUUCCUGCUAAUUGCAAGCAAGGAUUACUGUUGCAUAGUACACACAUAUAUAUUUUAACAAACAUAAUUUAAAAAUGUUAAAUAUAAAUGGCCAUCUGUUCCAUGUGGUUAUUAGAACUAAAUAGAAAAUAAUUACUUGUAUAUUUUGUCACUUGUAUGCUAAACAUAACUCAGAAUGCAUUGCUUUUGAGUCUAAGAGUGUCUUUAAAUGAUGUAAAUACACCAUGACAAC